AUGACGUCUCCGCGGCUCCUCGCCUCUCUGGGGCUCUGGGACUUCGCGUCCCCCAGUGCCGAAGGUGGGGGUAAAAACUUUCAAAACUUUUAUGAGACUGGAACGGAACAGUUCUUAGAAGAAAAGUUCAGAGAGAAGGUGUGGGGUCAGGAGCAGGAAGAGAAAGGCCACCCAGGAACUGCAAAGUCCAGAAAAGAGGUUUGGGAGAAGAGAUAUCGCAAGGCUGGGAGGCCAUACCAGCUGGGCAUCCCCACCGCCAACUUUCCUGAACAAGUGGUCGAUAAUCUUCCCGCUGAUGUGUCCACUGGCAUUUAUUACGGAUGGGCCAGUGUGGGAACUGGAGAAGUCCAUAAGAUGGUGGUGAGCAUAGGAUGGAACCCAUACUACAAGAACACGAAGAAGUCCAUGGAAACUCAUAUCAUGCAUACCUUCAAAGAGGACUUCUAUGGGGAAAUCCUCAAUGUGGCCAUUGCUGGCUACCUCAGACCAGAAAAGAACUUUGAUUCUUUAGAGUCACUUAUUUCAGCAAUUCAAGGUGAUAUUGAGGAAGCUAAGAAACGACUAGAUUUACCAGAGCAUUUGAAACUCAAAGAAGACAAUUUCUUCCAGGUUCCGAAAAGCAAAAUAAUGAAUGGCCACUGAUGAAAAAUCAUCUUACUUAUUCAUUCAUUGUUCUCUAAAAUCCGACAGCUGUGACUUAGUUUAAGCAGUACAAUGUAAUUAUUAUUAUGCUUCAUGUUCAAUUAAACCCAUCAUGCUACAGUACUAACAAUAUUCAUUUUAAAAAUCCAGAUUUUGUCUAUGUAAUAUGUUGACUAAAAUUUACCACUAGAAAUAGCAAGUGUUUUAUAAGGGAAAUGAAAUGUAUAAAGCUAUGGGUAAAAAGACAAGUCACUAGUUUGAAAUGAAAACUAACUAUAGUAAAAGACUAGCGUGUAUGUACUUGUAUAGCAUGUGCUGCUAAACAGAAGGCUUUUAAAAGUAAAUGUAUUAAAACAGGUUUGAUAUCUUAUAAGCCUAAGAGGGAAAACUCACACAUUGUAUUUUUUAUAUUUUGUGCAUUAAAAUAUUACUACAAACAUAAAUACUCAUGAAAUUUUAAUUAGUCAUGACUAAUUUUCUUUAUGGAAAAUUAGAGGUCAAAUCAUUAUAUCAUGUUUUUUUUUUUUUUACAUCUGCCGCAGCUAUGAUUGGUCUGGACUCUCUGCCUAUCAGUUAUUUUGGUCUGUCUUUUAAAACAUUAAAAUGAGUGUAUUUUGAAUUUGUAGGUUUCAUUUUUGUAUUGUAUAGCACUGUUCUCUAAGAGUAGAUAUUCAACAUUUUUUCUUGACUUUGAUUAUUUUUUUCCUUUAAACAAUCGCAUGUCAAGUUUUUUCCAUUUAGAAUAUCCUCUGACUUGCAAAGGAUUGCAUCUAUCGCCACCAUUCCAGCGUUCACUAUAUGAAAACCCCCAAAAGCUUCAUCUUUAGAUUUACUCAAAGUCUAAGUGAACAUGUAGCACUUCGUUUAUAUAUGCCAGUUUCUUAAAGAACACAAAACACUUUUUUCCUCCUAGGGAAACUGUUUAUGAGCCAAUUAAGCUAUGAAAUAGAAAAUUAUUUAUAUUUAAUGUGAUGGUAUGUUCACAUAAUACAGCAAACUGUUGUAAUUGUGUAUGCACUUGUGAUUUAAUGAUAGAGUGCUUGUAGCUUGGGGGUAAACUAUAAAUAAUAAAGUCUUAGUUUCAUAAUGUU